AUGCCGCUUUUCGGAGGAAAAAGAAACGAUAAGAAAGAGAAGCCAAGCGAAGCACCAAGCUAUCCAAAGCAAGCGGUCGUUCCACCACCACAAGUAGCUCACUAUCCAAUGACAUCAUACCCCCAAGGAGCACUUGUCCAACAAAACGAUCAGUUCUACUUCACUUCGGCUGGACAGCAGCUUCAGUCGGUUCCAAACACGGCUGCUGUAGCCUUUGCUCGUACUGAUCUGCCAGGGGCCUACGACAAUUUCUGCGAAGGCUUCCUCGAUGGGCCGGACUUCUCGAACCGGGUUCCAGAUCGAAACAUUCCACCGGCUCCAGGAUGUUACUAUUUCUAUUCGCACGGUGGCGCAGGACCAUCUACAUCGUCGUACGCUCCUCCAUUUCCAGGACCAAUGACAGCUCCGGCACCGCAAUCAGCUCCGCCCACUUCUUCAGGCAGUCUCCCACCACCACCAACAUACGAACAAGUUCUCUCGCAGGAAGUUAAAGAGAAACUCUGA